GAUUUGCCGUUUUCCUGUGCGUGCUUUAGUACGCAGUAACAUCGUAACGCGUAACUGGCGAUGUCUUACAAAACGAAAGAGUUAUUUACAGUCUUGGUAUUAUUAGCAGUUGCAGUUCAUCUCAAUUGUGGAUCUUUAAACGCCAAGGAAGCCACUGGCUAUUCAAGAAGAAGCAUCUAUGACUUCAAUUUGGCAGACCAAACUAGAUCUUCACGAGGACUCCGGAGCGCCGGUUUUGAAUCUAACGCUACAAAUUCAAGUUCAAGUGGGCGAUACAACGAAACGCUACCACUUGAAGCGAAUAAACACAUGUAUGAAUUUUCUUUGCAACCCAACGACAGUUUACCUAACGUUACUUCCUCUCCCAAUGAAAACAGUUCACUCAUCAGACGUUUUCACAAAAGAGCUUUUCAUACCGACGCUAGAUUUCAAGCGGACAGCGCAGCAUUUGAGGGACCUGGGACUUCCGGGAAUAUGUACAUUUCUCAACAAAGGUCUAACUCUGAAGACACAGAUUUGUGGCUUGUUGUAAAACCCUCAGUGCAUUGUUCAGGAGAUGCAAUGACUCUAACAGCCCAAAGGAGAGAAUACACCCACAUCCUUGUGGACAGAGCGGAUGCUUCCCCAGUACAUUUGUACCAGUUACCUGCAUAUUGUGGUUACACUGUCAGAGUAACAUGGAAAGAACUUGUGCUAAUGGCCCCAUUUGAUGGGUGCUACAUCACACAAGAGAAUGGCUUUCAUGUUCUUUCACUGCUGUGGUGGGGCAAACCCAUAAAGAUCUCCUGCCCCAUGAUACAGAUGACUUCACAACCAACUCCUUCUGUUAUCUGUUCCUACUUUGGCAUGAUCAUUCAAAUAGAAGGUGCUCAAGAUGCUGUCGAGAAACACAGGGUUAAGGUGAAUGGGGAGGUACUGCCUCUCAUAUCCAAGACGUGUGCAUACCGCAUAAAUUCUCCCCCUGAUGUUGUCGUUCUUCAUACUGCAUUCACCUCAAGAUGUGUAAUUUCGGUGGAUGGAGAGAAUAGACUUGUCAUCUUUGUGGAUGGAAAGCAGUUCAUCCUUUCUUGUCCACACCCUCAACACCUUUCUCCAUUUCUUCCCAACCUUCAUUCUCCUCCAUUCUAUCAACAGCCAAAAUUGGAACAAAAACCUUUAAUUCCUCAUGUUCCUACUUCAUUUACUAAUAACAUGCAGCAGCCACCUAUGAUGCCACCUAAACCAGAGAAAUUCAAACCCCCCAUGGUACCUCACUUUCCUUAUAGACCACUUUUGGCUCCUCAGUUUUACCCUGAUCAUAGCAAACAACCUCUUAAUUCUGUUCAGGGCUUGUACCCCUUCCAACAAAAGUACCCUCCCAGUAUUUACCAACAACCAAAACCGUUUCCCGUACGUCACCAGGCUUCUUCUCCCAUAUCUCAUGGUACCCAACAUCAGGCUCCUAUUGCACCGUACCACCCAGUGAUGCCCCCCCUGCACUAUUCACCAUAUCAAAUUUCCUGUCCCCCUCACCCUGAGAGGUUCUGUUCUCAGUCCCCCGUUCAGUACCCCCAAUAUCAUCAGACCUUACUGACCCCUGCUGCACAACCAACCAUCCAACCAAUGCGAGAGGUGUCUUUCGUUCCACAACCUACAUAUGUGCCUCCGCCCCCUGUUGUGCAAAACGUCCUGUUUCCCCAACUUCCAAUCUUUCCUUCGGUUCCCCCUGAGCAACCACCAAAGAUCUCAUCUCCAUCACUUAGUUGCAUAAGGAAUAAAAUGACAGCAACUUUACCCUAUGCCCAAAUAGACUCCAUUAAAGUCAAAGAUACGAAGACAAAUACUUGGAUCUCCAUUGCUGCUGUUUCAGCAGCAUGUAAUUACAAAAUCCUCUCCAGAGGUGGUGCUGUUGUCCUUUCAUCUCCACUGCCUGCCUGCCAUACACAACAAAUGUCCUCCUCCAUGAUCUCUCUAUAUGUAAGGUUCUGGGAUUCCUCACUAUUGCGAGCCAGGACCCUACAGCUUCAAUGUCGGUACCUUGGAGAUGUAGACGCGCAAUCUGCUGAUCUUUUUGGUACACCCAAACCUUUGUCCCACCAUCCUGCUCGACCAACCCCUGAAGAAGUUCAGGUGUUCUGUUCUAGCCAACAUAUGAGUGUCAGAUUGCCACCUGGACCAACAUCUGGCCUCGUCGUAGAAGCCCCAUCCAGUGGGAUUAAUACGCAAACGAAAGCCGUGCCUCUUUUAGAGGCCCCAAGUCAUUGUGGGUACUCUUUGAAAAGAAACCGAGAAGGAGCCAUAAACAUCCAUCUGCCUUAUUCUUCCUGUCACAUGACUCAGCAGGAUGGGCAGCACAAAAUAAUAUUGCAAUAUCAGACAUUGGAUGGACGCACAUUUGAGGUCUUGCUGUCGUGUCAAGCUUCCGUCAGUCAGGAGUGCAAUGUUGCCAUUGACCAGCAGCUGGUCUGUGGAUCUGGAGCUUUAUCUUCAACAGAGUGCUAUGACAAAGGUUGCUGUUUUUCGUUAGAUACCCAGCUCUGUUUUUACCCCAUGGAUGAAUGCACGGUGGAUCGCCAUUUCGUUUUCUCGGUUCACUCCUCCCUCGCAAAUCCGCCCUUUUCGCCAGCCACCCUCGUCACUGCUGGAAACAGCUCUUGCUCACCGCACAAAGUUACCGCUGACUUUGCCUUGUUCAAGAUACCCCUGGAUGAAUGUGGUGUCCACAGAUAUGAGGUGGGCAAAACCGUGAUCUACAUGGUAGAGAUCCUGAAUAGACUUCAGUCCGUCAGUUUAAAUUAUGGCACCAUCACCAGAGACUCACCUGUAAGGUUACUGGUUGAGUGUCGGUAUUUUCCCGGCUCUGUGGUAAGUCUGGGAUACCUGGUGAAAAGUCCUUCCCUCGGACCUUCUAUCAAAGCUCAGGGGGUGUUUGGGGUUCAGCUCAGGAUUGCAAAAGGCGAACACUACAACGACUUCUACCCACAAUACCACCAGCCCCUGCGUAUGCUGCUGGGGAAACCCCUUUACCUGGAAGUGCGUUUGCUAAAUCCUCCAGACCCCACUGCUAUGCUGUUGGUGCAUUACUGUGUUGCCUAUCCACGCUCCGCAAAAUCUGCAUGGAUCCUUAUUUAUGACGGGUGCCCAAAUUCUCUUGACAAGACUUCAACCCCCAAGCCACCUGCCACCCCUGCAGAAGCUCUGAUCAAUCACGUUCGGCGAUUCACCAUCACUACUUUUCAGUUCCUGCAUGACCAUGACGUCUUACAAACAGAUGAGGAGAUUUAUUUUAUGUGUUCAACUGAGGUUUGCCUGCCCUCAGAUGGUCCAUGUAUUGAGGGCUGCUUUGAAGAUCCUGCUAAUGUAAAGUCUUGAAAGAAGAUGAAUAAACAGCCUUUCAUUUCUGACACACAGUGGCACUUCAGCAAAUACAAACAAUAAAACUGUAAAACGCA